GUUUUGCGAAGCACAGAGCCAGUGCUACAGAGUUUUGUAAGACUGAGUUGAAGUGUUGUGGUGAAACAUGCAACAUUGUUAUCGGAAGAAGUCCACGAAUCUCAAUGAAUAGGAGAAUGGUGCUCGUACAGUUUUGCUCUGAUUUAAAUAAUCAAAAGGAUUAUAGCUGCCUAGCUGCUUAAAAAACUAGAUAUAUUAUUGAGCUUAGUCUGGCUAAUGGAGCUAGCUAAUGCGACUCGGUUUGCUGCGUGGUCAACAAACUAGCUCACCUAGAAUGUUUAGAGUGAGCAACGAGCCAUAAACACCCUUCUCUGAAUUCAAGACAAAUGACAGCCUGUCAGACAAAAUGAAUGACGCUUGUUCGGAACCGGCCCGGGCCAUCAAGCCCAUAGACCGUCACUCUGUGCAUCAGAUCUGCUCUGGACAAGUGGUCCUGACCUUGGCAACAGCUGUGAAAGAACUGGUUGAAAACAGCAUAGACGCAGGAGCUACCAUUGUUGAAAUCAGGCUGAAAGAGUAUGGAGCAGAGCAGGUGGAAGUGUCCGACAAUGGAAAAGGGGUGGACGAAGCCAACUUCGAAGGACUCACCCUGAAGCACUACACUUCCAAAUUGAGCAGCUUUUCAGACCUGAUUCAUGUGGAGACAUUUGGGUUCCGAGGUGAAGCCCUCAGCUCGCUGUGUGCUCUCAGUGACCUGAGCGUGGUGACGUGUCACGAGUCUGCCCAGGUGGGUACACGCCUGGUGUUUGAUCACAAUGGCAAGCUGACCCAGCGCUGCCCACACCCUCGCCAGCAGGGCACCACCGUUACCCUGCAGCAGCUCUUCUCCACUCUGCCUGUCCGCCACAAAGAGUUCCAGCGCAACAUCAAGAAGGAAUACUCCAAGAUGGUCCAUGUCCUACAGUCAUACUGCAUCAUCUCCACUGGAGUGCGCAUUACCUGUACUAACCAGGUGGGCCAGGGCAAGCGAAGUGUUGUUCUCUGUACCAGUGGUAGCCAGAGCAUGAAAGACAAUAUCGGAGCAGUGUUUGGACCCAAACAGCUCCAGAGUUUGGUCGCUUUUCGGCAGCUGCCUCCCACAGAGGCAGUGAAAGAGGAUUACGGUCUUGGAGGGGAGGGAAUGCCUGAGGAAUUCUUUACGAUUGCAGGUUUUGUGUCUCAAGGAGAUCAUGGUGUGGGCAGAAGUGCCACUGACAGACAGUUCUUCUACAUCAACACCAGGCCCUGUGAUCCAUCAAAGGUCUCCAAACUUGUCAAUGAAGUCUAUCACAUGUUUAACCGACACCAGUAUCCAUUUGUUGCCUUGAACAUAACUGUUGCUUCAGACUGCGUAGAUGUUAAUGUCACACCGGAUAAGCGUCAGAUCUUCCUCCAAGAAGAGAAAUUGCUGCUGGCCACCAUGAAGAGCUCACUGAUCGCCAUGUAUGAGAGUGGUGUGAACAAGAUCAGCCUCAGCAGCACAGCUCUACUCAUGCCCCUACAUAGGACAGUCAAUACUUCUACCUCUGUGGCAAACCAUGAAAGCGUACUUGAUUCUGAAGCUGCUCUUGAAGUCGAAGAUAUGGUAGAACCUGCUCUUCCGCACACAAAGUCAUCACUGAACCUCACUGGGCUGAGGGCAGCCUUCUCACUGCACCAAACGGCAGGAGUAGACACCAAGGAGAAUGUGAGUAAAGUCUGUCACCAGGGCCCAGCUCAGAAGAAGCUGCAGUCCUUUUUCAAGAGCACUGAAACCAGCAGACCAGCUCUACCGUCUCUCUUCAGACAUUCACGAGAUGGAUUGAAAUGCUCACCUGUGAUGGGGCUGAAGUCACAGGAGAACAGGGGUGAAGGGAAAACGGGCAGUGACAUAGACUCGGGGAGAGGAAGCACCGUAUCAGAACGGGACUCGGUCACGGACACCCCGGAGAGCGCGCGUGGGACUGUGUCAGAGUUCAGCUCCCCUGACACAGAGGGGGUUGAGGCCGGCGUUAAGAGUGAGAGCACAGAGGGAUGGUGGGGUGAAGAUCAUAAACCUGCCGUGUGGAACGACUCCGAAGCUUCCCGUUCUGAGGGCCGCAGCUCAAGUCCGGGAACCAAGAGGGCGAGGCUGGAUGAGGACCUCUCUGCAGUCUGCACUGCCCAGCCACGUUCAGACGCUCAAGCCCCUCCCAGCGGGCUCAAAGUGGACGCUCCUGUCCGAAUGCACAAGAGGACCGUUCCGCUGCAGUUCUCCCUGCCUGAGCUCGCAGCUGGGCUGCAGAGGCUGCGGGAACAGGAAGCCCAAAGGGCAGAGGGGCUGAAGUACAGGCGGUUCAGGGCCAAGAUCAGCCCUGGAGAGAACCAGAGUGCUGAGGAUGAGCUGAAGAAAGAGAUCAGCAAGGACAUGUUUAGGGAGAUGGAAAUCAUUGGACAAUUCAACCUGGGCUUCAUCAUUACCAAGCUGAAGUCCGACAUCUUCAUGAUUGACCAGCAUGCCACUGAUGAGAAGUACAACUUUGAGAUGCUGCAGCAGCACACUAUCUUACAAGGGCAGAGACUCAUAGCUCCACAGAAACUGCAUCUUCCAGCAGUCAGUGAGACUGUACUGAUUGAAAACUUGGAAAUCUUUCAAAAGAAUGGCUUCGAUUUCAUCAUUGAUGAAGAAGCCCCAGUCAUGGAAAGGGCGAAGCUGGUAUCCCUCCCCACGAGCAAGAACUGGACUUUUGGCCCUGGUGACAUCGAGGAAAUGAUCUUCAUGCUGAGUGACAGUCCUGGAGUCAUGUGCCGGCCCUCUCGUGUUAGGCAGAUGUUUGCCUCCAGAGCAUGCCGCAAGUCGGUGAUGAUAGGCACUGCUCUAAACAGCAGUGAGAUGAAGAAGCUGGUGGUGCAUAUGGGGGAGAUUGAGCAGCCAUGGAACUGCCCACAUGGUAGACCCACCAUGAGGCACCUGGCUAACCUCAACAUGCUCUCACAGGAUUAAAGCCCACACUGGGCCUUGCUCAAGCCUAAAUGACUGCUGUCAACUGAGAAACACAUACUGCUACACACAUUUCAUUCAUCUUGUCACUUGAACCAGAUUAUUACAUAGACCACUUAACAAAAUGGAACUGAAUUUGUACUUAAGAAAUACUGUCUUGUAAAAUCUGAAAGCCUUAACAAGAAAUUUCAAGUUUUAUUUUUCAAUAAAAUGUAUGUUUUGUUUAAAGAACCUUUUUAUUAAAAUGUAAAAUAGUUUUUCCUAAUUUUAUAUCAAUGUAGCAGUGCAUUGUUUGCCUAGGAAUGCUGUCGGUUCCAUUUGUGUUAUACAAAUUUAGCAGGUUUUUAUAAAAUUCUCAGUAAAGUAUUUGCCUUGGUGGCAUUUAAAUGUUAAACAAGGGACAGACAGCCUACCAAAGAGCUGUGUUAGAAUAGAAAGAUUUAAAUAUCUGACGUGAUAUUCACUACCAUUCAAAUGUAUGGAAUCGCUGAGAGAUUGUUAUGCUUUUGAAAGAAAUGUUUACCUUAAGUCACAAAGUAGUAUUACAUUCAUUUGAAAAAUUACAAAACUAACAAUAAGACUAUGAAACAAAAUAAUGAAUCUUUGUCUUAUUUGUAUCUUUUGGAAAAUUACUAAAUGCUUAAAUCCAUUAAACUUGACUCUACUUCGAAA